GUGUACAACGAACCGUUGCCAAGGAAACUUUAAAACUCCAGUAAAAAAACGAUGAAAACUUUAUAACAGUCUGUCCGUGGCAUGAAGAGUAUUGCAAUAAUAUUAAUAACAAAAUAAGUUUCAGUUAUCACAUUAAUCAAUUACUAUCAAACAAAGGAGUCGGUAAAACAAUGAAGUUCAUACCUUUGCACACGAAGAACACAUCCAUAAUUUAUAAAAACUCGCUGUGCUCUUCCGCAAGCAUUAUCGUACUCAUUUUCAUCAUAUUGUCUGUAAUGAUUCCCAUGUUGCUGGUGUCGCUACUUAGCCCGUAUUCUGGUAUUUCGGAGUCACGCAUACUUUUCGAGCAACCGCGAUUGCAAUUCAAAUUCCAAAGCAUAUUAAUUGCUGACACGGAAGCGGAAGAUGUGAAUAAUAAGCAAGAUGUAAAUUUGGUAGUAUGUAGUACUCUGCCUCAGCUAAAUACUGUCGUAAUGGAACACGGCAAUAAUUGCGAAGGAAUUAAGUAUUGGACCGAUGAUUUUGAUCAUGAUGGCACAAUUGAUCGAGCCCAUUUCCAACAACAGUUAGAAUCUCUUCGGGGUCGAAUCAAAAGCAUCGACUUGGCCAUCUUUUUUGAAGCAAAGCUGAAGCACAAAUGUUCACUAUCACCGCCUGCGAUUCUAACUUACCAUAAUGUUAUUCCAUCAGGAAUGCAAUUAAACGCUGGUACCAUAUUACUGAAAGCUGAACUAAAAUUAAAACAAUACAUAGAGUUCACUUGCCCUUUUCCGGGACGCAAUAUAAAAACCCAGUUUCGUCAUGUGAAUCUCAGCUCUAAUAGUAGUCACGUCGCCUUGGGUGAUUUCCAAUUACAGUCCCUCCUUGAAAAACUAAAGAAGAAUCCGGCAUAUUUUCAGCUUUCGGAGCAAGAAACUUACUUUCGUCAAGAACCAGGAAACACUCUUCGAAUACAAUUAGAUUUGGAUGUAAUGCAAGUACCAGCGCGAUAUCACUUGAGUGUUUGGGAGCGACUGGGACAAUUUUGGUUAUAUUUUGCUUCCUUUUUCGGAAUAUCAUUCUAUAUUAUGAACAAGGUUAAAGACUAUCUGUUUGGCCAACACAUAAUUCGAGCUUGGGAAGUGAUACCAUGGAAAAAACUUUACUGACCCGAACCGGAGCGAGAUAACAUUGAUUUGGAUGAUUUCUCAACUUCGGUUAUGUACUAAUUAAAAAAAUGGAAAACAGUUUCCUCCAAUGUUAAUACGAGAACUUGGCGUUACUGUACACAAGUAAUAAUUAUACAAUGAACUCUAUAUAAAUAAUAAUUUAACUUAAUAAAAACAAUAAAUUUU